AAACAGGUCAGACUCACAUCAUGAAAGGCAUUAUAAAUAUGAGGGAUACCCUGUUCUGGAUUUUCAUAGUUUUGGUUCAUUUUGGCUGCUUUACAGAAUCCUCGUCUCAGGCUUGGCUGACAGUAGAUCCUCCAGGGUCAGACAUGUUCCUAGGAGAGAAAGUUACUCUCACCUGUCGGGUCUCUGGGUCUGAGGGCUGGAAAUAUAUCUGGACCAGACGGACAAAAGGAAUCACCUCUCAGCUUCUGGGCAGCAGUGGGCAAGAUGGUGAAACAUACAUCCUGCAACCUGUAAGAAAGACUGACCAAGGACUUUAUCAGUGUAGCGGACAGAGAGGAAGUGAACUUUCUGACAGCAACUCUCACAGCCUGCAAGUGCAUGAUGUAGCACAGGCUGUCAUACGUCAGAAUCCUCCAGCACCUGUGUGGUUCAGUGGAGAAACUGUGACCCUUGAAUGUGAUAUAAGAGGAGGAUCUGGAUGGAGAUAUUCAUGGGCCAAAAGAAUCACACAAACAGGACUGCAGAGUCUGACUCCCCAAAGUACAGAAGCACAGAAGAACUACAUUGUCCAGUCUGUUAAAGUAUCUGACAGUGGAGAAUAUAUAUGUCAGGCAGAAAGAGGAAGUGACCCAGUAAUUCAGUCUCAACCUGGAUCUCUGAAUCUCACUGUAUCUGGAGAGAAACCAGAAGCUGUCAUAACCUGGACAUCCCAUGAGGGAGAGACCUACACAGGAGAGAGGAUCAGUCUGAGCUGUAGGGUCAGGGGAGCCUCUUCUGGCUGGAAGUAUCUCUGGUACAAAGACAGACAGGGAACAGAACUGUCCAACCCUGACAACAGCAGGAUGGAUGGGUCCAGUUACACCAUCAUCUCUGCUGCUCUGUCCCACAGUGGACAGUACUGGUGUCGGGCUCAGAGAGGGAGCUUUUACUCUCAGUACAGUGACCCUCUGCAGGUGGACAUUCAGGAUCUACCCCAAGCCCUGCUGACCCUGCAGCCUGGAUGGACAGACUUGUUUCCCACUGCCCAUCCUCAGGCUGUUCUGGCUGUGGAUACUGGAUUUCUGCAGAUCUUGACCAAAGACAGUCUGACGCUGAGGUGUGAGGUUGAGGGAAGCUCUGUUAGAUGGAGCUACACAUGGUACGCAGAUGGAUCUCAGCUUCCUGAAGACCAGGAUGGACAGAACUUCACUGUGAGAUCUGGGAAUGACUCCUAUCACAGGGAAUACAAAUGUAGAGGGAACACAACUGAAAAACCAUUUUACUCCACAUUCAGCAAUGGAUUGGUGCCAAACGUUAUUGUGUUGCUCCAUAUUUUGGUGAUUUCCACUUCUGGUUUCGUGCUCCUCAGCGUGAUAACGCUGACUCUCGUUUGCCUCAUACGCCGUAGGAAAUCAGGACAAAACAAGAAGAUGCACGACAAUGAGCUGUAUGUUUCUUCUCUGGGCAUGAAAAGCAUCAAUGUCGGAAGACGUACUACUGCCAUUUAUGAGGAAGUAGACGACAACCCUGGAAAAGGUCUUCAAGAACAAUCUGGAUUCGAUCUUUAUUCCACUAUUCAGAAAAUAUAUUAAAACAAGGGAUUAAGUUCCAAUUAUGUAAUAUUUAAUAUUUAUCAUGGUAACACUUUACUUGACAAGGCACAAAUAAUAUAGUAUUAUGCUAUUACUUAUGUAUUAAUU